AUGCUGGGUGGAGGCGGAGUGGAGCAGACAGUGGACAGGGAAACUCCCGUAUUCCCAGGAUUGUUCUGUUCGGGGGAGAAGCCCCCAGGUCCCCAGAUCACAGCAGGGGAGCCUUCUGCUCUGUGGGAUGUGCUUCAUCGUGUACCUGGACGUGGGACCAUCACAGACUUUGGAAUCAUCAGGAAUCUGGAAAAGCAGAAAGACUGGACACUCCUCUCAGCUCCGCGGCCCGAGCAGCACAUGGAAUUGCACAACCUGAGCGCUCCGGCUCCCCGCUGCCUCCCAGCCUCUUCCCCAAAGGUGCCCGCGUUCCUGGCGCCAGUGCUGGGCGUGGAGUUCGCCCUGGGCCUGCUGGGGAACAGCCUGGCCUUCUUCAUCUUCUGCGUGCGCACGCGGCCCUGGACCUCCAACGUGGUGUUCCUGGUCUGCCUGGUGGCGGCGGACCUGCUCCUGGUCGCCAGCCUGCCCCUCCGCGUGGACUACUACCUCCACCGGGAGACCUGGCGCUUCGGGCCCGCCGCCUGCAAGGCCAACCUCUUCAUGCUGUCCGCCAACCGCUCGGCCAGCGCCGCCUUCCUCACGGCCAUCGCGCUCAACCGCUACCUGAAGGUGGUGUGGCCGCACCACGCGCUGAGCCGGGCCUCGGGGCGCGCAGCCGCCCGGGUGGCCGGGGGCCUCUGGGGGGCCAUCCUGGUCCUCAACGGGCACCUGCUCCUGAUCACCUCUCCCGGGGACUCCUGCAUCAGCUACCAGCUGGGCACGGGCUCUUGGGCCUGGCAACGCUGGCACCACGCGCUGUACUUCUUGGAAUUCUUCCUGUCCCUUGCGCUCAUCCUCUUCGCCAUCGUGAGCAUCGGGCUGACCAUCCGGCGCCGGGGCCUGGGCGGGCAGGCGGGCCCGCGGCGGGCCCUGCGCGUGCUGGCCGCGGUGGUGGCCGUCUACACCGUCUGCUUCCUGCCCAGCGUCCUCUUCGGCGCGGCGUCCAUCGUGGCCCUCCGCCUGCGCGCCUGCCGCGCCCUGGACGUCUGCUCGCAGCUCUUCCACGGCUCCCUGGCCUUCACCUACCUCAACAGCGUCCUGGACCCCGUGCUCUACUGCUUCUCCAGCCCCAGCUUCUUCCGCCAGUGCCAGGCCCUGCUGGGCCUCGGCCAGGGCUCACAGGGCCCAGCGAGCGAUGAGAGCUCCAGCCAGCCCCCCGCCCGCCUCCAGGAGGCCUCCGGAGGUAGGGGCCCCCCCGGCAAGCUGCAGGCGCAGGGCUCCCUGGAGGUCUCGCUGGAGUGA